UUGGAUAAAUAUUUAUUUUAACUAAUUUUUAAAUUGAAGUGAGAUAAACAAUUUUUUCUAUGAAUUUUUUAGAUUAGAGUGAGUGAUUAAUAAAACAUAAAAAUUGAAUUAUAAGAGGGCCAAAUAUUAGAAAAUUAGAUUGUUGAUAAAAGAAUAUUGAAAAAGAGGGGUAAAAUGAGAGAUAAAUGGUUAUGGGCGCGCAGUUGUGCGGUGGAGAUUCCGAGUCUGGAGAGCAGGAGCAGGGUUCACGGCUUCUCAUCGCCACCACCGCCUCCUGCGUCCGCGGACUUCGAUGGCUCUCUCUCUCUUCUCUCUCUCAUCCUCCACAAUCAGAAAAUUCCCCCCUUUAUCCGAACUUUCUUCUCCGUCUCCCGCUCUCAAUUCAUUCCCCCUUUUUAACCGGCCGCCCAUUCGUUCCCAUGGCCCCCCCACAUGGUCUCUUCCUAUCGUUUCCAAAUCUAACUUUUCCUCCUCUUCUCCUUCUUCUAUGUCGAGUAGCAGCGACGCCAGCUCUACGGAUGGUCUGGUUGACGACAGUCGUUGUGGCUCUGAAGCUGGAGACCUAGGAGUUUCCGAUUCCGACGACGACGAAUCCCCCAACACUCAUGCCCACCCGUCGCCUGACAAUUUGCCUGACAGAUGGCAAGUCCUUGGCCUCGGCCAAGCUAUGGUGGACUUUUCGGGAAUGGUCGAUGAUGAAUUCCUUAAUAGACUCGGAUUAGAAAAGGGCACAAGGAAAGUGGUGAAUCAUGAAGAAAGAGGUAGAGUUUUACGAGCCAUGGAUGGAUGCAGCUAUAAAGCUGCAGCUGGUGGUUCUCUGUCCAACACCUUGGUUGCCUUGGCAAGGCUUGGUGCUCAAUCUAUUGGAGGACCUUCGCUGAAUGUUGCCAUGGCAGGCAGUGUUGGAAGUGAUCCCUUAGGUGAAUUCUACCGAUCAAAACUCCGGCGAGCAAAUGUGAAUUUCCUUUCAGCACCAGUGAAGGAUGGAACUACUGGGACAGUUAUUGUUCUCACAACUCCAGAUGCUCAACGGACAAUGCUUGCAUACCAGGGCACCUCUUCAAGAGUAAACUAUGAUUCUUGCUUGGCUAGCUUGAUGUCCAAAACAAGUAUAUUAGUUGUUGAAGGAUACUUAUUCGAAUUUCCGGACACAAUCAAAACAAUUGCCAUGGCGUGUGAGGAGGCUCGCAAAUGCGGUGCUCUGGUUGCCAUUACAGCGUCAGAUGUCAGCUGCAUUGAGAGACAUUAUGAUGAUUUCUGGGACAUCAUGGCAAAUUAUGCAGACAUAAUCUUUGCCAACAGUGAUGAAGCCAGGACAUUUUGUCAUUUUUCCUCGAAAGAAAGCCCCAUGUCAGCAACUAGGUACCUGAGCCAUUUUGUUCCGUUUGUUUCAGUGACAGACGGCCCUAGAGGGUCGUAUGUUGGUGUGAAGGGAGAAUCUGUUUACAUACCUCCAAACCCUUGCGUGCCAGUGGACACUUGCGGGGCUGGGGACGCCUAUGCAUCUGGCAUAUUGUAUGGUUUGUCACGCGGUGUAUCUGAUUUGACAAGUAUUGGUACCUUAGCUUCAAAGGUCGCAUCUGUAGUUGUUGCACAGCAAGGAACACGGUUAGGGGUACAAGAUGCUGCUAAGUUAGCUGAGUCCUUCACGUUCCAACGCAAGAGCUCAGCUAGGUGGUCCGAUGUAGCUUCUGAUCAAAUUUCCAGCUUGUGAUCUUUUGUAUCUAUUCAAUUUGUUGAACAUUUUUUAGCUGUUUAUAGCACUGUAAUUAAUUGUGACAUUGUUAGAUUAUUCUUCUUGAAGCAGAAAAAGAAGAAGAUGAGCUUCUGUUAUGAGAGAUCUCCAAGUAUCAGAGUGGUAGGUGCUAGUGUUAUAGGCUGCACAUUUUGAUUAAUUUAAGAAUUUCUUUAUAGAAA